AGGCGACCGCGGAGGCGGUGCCAGCGGCGUCAGCCAGCUCGGCUUUCCAGGCUCCAGGCUCGGCUCCACCAUGGCUCCCAAAGGCGGCUCCAAGCAGCAAUCUGAGGAGGACCUGCUCCUGCAGGAUUUCAGCCGCAACCUCUCGGCCAAGUCCUCCGCGCUCUUCUUUGGGAACGCCUUCAUCGUGUCCGCCAUCCCCAUCUGGUUAUAUUGGCGAAUAUGGCAUAUGGAUCUUAUUCAGUCUGCUGUUCUCUAUAGUGUGAUGACCCUAGUAAGCACUUAUUUGGUAGCCUUUGCAUACAAAAAUGUGAAAUUUGUUCUCAAGCACAAAGUAGCACAGAAGAGGGAGGAUGCAGUUUCCAAAGAAGUGACUCGAAAACUUUCUGAAGCUGAUAAUAGAAAGAUGUCUCGAAAGGAAAAGGAUGAAAGAAUCUUGUGGAAGAAGAAUGAAGUUGCCGAUUAUGAAGCUACAACAUUUUCCAUCUUCUAUAACAACACCCUAUUCCUGGUCUUGGUCAUUGUUGCCUCCUUCUUUAUAUUGAAGAACUUCAACCCCACAGUGAACUAUAUUUUGUCCAUAAGUGCUUCAUCAGGCCUCAUCGCCCUCCUGUCUACUGGCUCCAAGUAGACCAUGUCCGCUUUGCCCCCUGGCUUCAUAUCUACGGGUGGCCUGUGGUAUAUGGAAAAGUAGCAGGGUGGUCAGAGUGAGAGACACACAAGAUGUUUUUAUAGUCUGCAGUUUGAGGGUUUGAAAAACCCAACAAAAUGUAAUUCAGUAUUUGUGUAUUGGCUCUUUUUUGACAGAUUGUUGAAAUUAAAGGAAUUGGAAAGGAAA